AUGAAAAAAGAUUCCAACUUUGUUCCAGCUGUCGAAUGGCCUUUUGAAGAAGUGCAAUCCGAAGAAUAUGAUCGCGAAUUGCAGACGGAACAAGUUUAUGUCACCGAUGUAGAGCCACGUCAAACCAUUGUAUCCGUUUCCAAAUAUGCGCCUGUUAGCCGAGAUCAAUACGAAGCGUGGAAACAUUUGUGGCCAAUGACUUACCGAGAAGAUACUCGACAAAAUCCAAAAUUUACAACGGAAGAAAUCUCUUCCAUCAAAGAACACAUGAACGAGCUUUUGGCUUCGAAGCAAGUUCGGGCUCGCAUUGUGGAUCCAUCCUCGAAUACCGUCCUUUCCGAAGCGCCUGAUACACGGACGGAUGGUCAUCCACUCCACCAUGCUGUGAUGAAUUGUAUUGACUUGAUUUCACAGAGAGAACGGGAACAGCAUGGGGACGGUGGACGACCGAAGCGAAAAGCGGCUGCAAUGAUGAAUGAAGGUGAAAAGGGAGAAAACAGUGCUACCGGCUAUCUGUGCACUGGCUACGAUAUAUUUAUUACCCAUGAACCAUGUGCCAUGUGA